AUGGCUAGCUCGCUGCAGUCUCACAGUUCACCUGGUCAGAGCUCUUUACCUAGCUCAGAAUGGUCGCCCAGUCGCACUACCAAUUCACCACCUGACUUAACACCCCAAAAGUCCGAUAGAAGUAGCCCAUGGGAGGGAAUUCAGAUCGGCACUGCUCGCUCUCCAAAUUCAUCAUGGUAUGGGCCAUCAUCGCUGUUUUAUUUUAUCGGGCGCAUGAACAGCUACUUGGGCGUGAUCCUUCAACAGACCCAAAUGAGCAAUCAGAUGGUUCUUCAUGGGUCUGCAAGCACACUAUUAAAUGGCACGACUGAGAACAACUUGGAAGAUGAAUUGCAUCAAGCUGCUCUUUCUGCAGAGGACCCUUUCACAGCUGGUCAGUUCCUGAGUCCAAUCCAAGAAGAAUACUUCCUCGACUUUUUUUGGAAAUCUUACCACACUUGUCUUUUUCCAAUCAUCAAUGAAGCCGAGUUCAUGGACCACUAUCGCUCUCUAUGGGCAGAGUCUGGGGACAAAAGAAGGCCUGCUGCACUUGUGGAUAUUGUAAUUGCCCUGUGCAUGCAGCAUGGUGUUUCCCAGCUAUCCCCUCAGCAACAAAAGUCCCUCAUUGGUGGUGACCCCAGCGUCGCCGGCCGUUGGUACUUCCGACGUUGUCAGCAGCUAGUCACGUACCAGCUUGAGAGUCCUACGAUAGCGACCGUCCAGUCUCUCAUGCUAUGUUCCAUAUACCUCUGUAACGGAUCUUUCCAGAACAUGUCAGCGACAUGGGCUAGUAUGGCUGCGAGGGCGGCUUAUGUCGCAGGUCUUCAUAUAGCCCCUUCCCAAGACCUUCCAGCACCGGAGCGCGAGCUGAGAAAACGUCUGUGGUGGGCUCUCUAUGAGCUAGAUGCCAAAAUUGGCAUGAAGUUAGGCCGUCCAUUUCUUCUCCACCGCUCACCCACCGAGCCCGGGCUUCCAGAUGAUCAACCAGAAACGGCGAAGCACUCUGGGUCUCACCUGGCCAAUUCGGGCGAAAGCAAAACAUGGCUUAGCUUUCAUCUCGAAAACUCAAAACUUUUUAUUAUCGCAAGGGAGAUCCACGAGUCAUUUUACGCAAGAGAUGUGAACCUUCAACAAGGCCAGUCUAUCUGGGAUGAUUUUCAAGCUCUGGAGUCUCAUGCCGAGUUCUUGCAGCUUCGUGCAAAGCCUUUAGAUAAAUGGGUCGACGAGCUACCCAACACACUCAAAACCAGCAGACAAGAAAAUGGGAUCCCCUUCUCCACCGAUGGGACAAGGCUAGAUAUUGAGCCAUUCGCGCCACUAUGGCUUCAACGUCAACGUCUAAACCUGGAGCUCAUAUACCACAAUCUCUAUAUCAACCUUCACCGACCGUUUAUUUCCUUCAUUUUGGGGCCACCUUCAAGUUUAAAAGAGGAUUUGGCCACAAAAUGCGCUUUCCAUGCCAUGGAAAUCACCAAAAUUUUGCACCAAACGCUAUCCUCAACAACAAUACUUACCGGGUGGCAUGAGGCCUUUCAAUGGCAAUGGAAUGCAUCUAUGACCCUCGUCGGCUUCAUUCUAGCCCACCCACGAAGCACCCAAACGCCCGAAGCCAUCAAAGCCGUUGACCUGGCAAUAACAGUCUGUGAAAUAUUUGGAGAACACUUCUCUGUUGCGAACAGUGCGGCUACCAUCUUGCGAAACCUUGGCCCCAAAAUCAACUUUCUAUUGCAGUAUCACUCGGAGAUGCAAGAGAUGCCCAAUGAUGGACUUGAUCGAGGGCUCAAGCCAUUGAACAGUAGUACACAGUGGCUUGAUAGUCUUAUGGCUGAGACUUCGGGAUAUGACCCUUCGCUGAUGGUCCCUAUGCAGGACGUGUUUCAGAUGGCCUUUUCAAUUGAACAAUGGAGUGCCUUGGAUGAUCUUCUACCGGAUAUGGAAGGGAACCAAUGGAAUUCUCAGGUUUGGGGGACUUUCUGA